AUGGCAGAUCAGGAGCAUGAAUUGGAGCGAGUGAGCUCAGAGCUCGAAGACCUGCGUGGAAACAUGGGGCAGGUCAUGGAGAUAUUACAGGUGAUCAGGGCAAAGCUUGACACCCAAACAACGGUUGUUUCUGAAAUCGCCGGUCCAUCGGUUGAACCCCAACCUGCGAGGGCGGUACCAACAACCUGGCCAACCUAUGGUUUACCUCCUGGUUUCACGCCUACAGUUGAAGGUGCACCUGGUUUUGCACCACCUGCUCAGCAGACAGCUCCUCUACCGACCAUCAAUGAAAACCAUCCAGUGGUUCACACGUUCGCACCUCCUCUCGUCCGGGCGCAUGUGCAACCUUACUUUGAGGACCAGCAACAUGCUCCAGACUUUUCAGAUGAAGAUGAGGAAAGGCAAGAGGACCUAAGAGGGAUGAAGGAGAAUUACCAGAUGCUGGAGAAGAGAUUGAGGGCUAUGGAAGGUGACCAAGUUUUUGGUGCUACAGCUAAGGAGAUGUGCCUGGUGUCCGGUCUUGUGAUCCCAGCAAAGUUCAGGACCCCAGAUUUCGAUAAGUAUGAGGGCCACUCGUGUCCUAAGAGUCACCUCAUUAUGUAUUAUCGAAAAAUGGCUGCGCAUGUGGAGGAUGAUAAACUCAUGAUACAUUGCUUCCAGGACAGCUUGAGGGGUGCUCCCUCCAAGUGGUACUUGAGCCUUGAUCAGAGUAAGAUCCGUUGUUUUCAAGAUUUAUCUGAUGCCUUCAUCCAACAUUACAAGUACAACAUGGAUAUGGCCCCGGAUAGGAGACAACUACUCAACUUGGUCGAAAAGAAGAUUCUGUCGUUUCGAGACGUCGGACCCAAUGUCAAGAAUAACCCUUUGCCAGCACAUGGUGAUGUCAAUGCCGUCGAAGAUGCUUCUGAUGUGUGUGUAAUCAAGAAUGUGGAAGAUGUUAAAACUCCGUUGCUAGCACUUCAUGCGGGAUUGGUGAAGGCUAGAUUGAUUGAUACUUGUCACGAUAGCUGUGAGGACUGUGUCAUUCAGCCGAAAGGAUGUAAAGUGGUGCGAAAUGACAUUCAGAAUUUGAUGAAUCAAGGUGUUUUACAAAUCUCUGGUCCAACAAUAAAUGAGGAAAUUUCGGUCAUUGAACCUGUCUUUAACAUACCAGAACCAUUUGAGGUAACUUAUCACAAAAGAGAUGAUGUUCAUCCGUCACCCGUGGUGGUAUGCAUGCCUACACCAUUUCCUUUUGAAAGUACCAAGGCAGUACCCUGGAAGUACGACAUAACAGUGGUAGAUGGAGUGGUAGAUGGAAAACCUGAGGCCACCGAAAGUAAGAAAGGUAUGGAGAAUGUUAACGCCGACAUCACCAACAUCGCAGGGACAAGCAGGAUGACCCGUAGUGGUCGGAUUUAUACUCCCAAUUUUGAUGUGAACCCUCAAGAGUCUACAAGGGGAGCUACAAAUGUAAAUCCUACCCCAGAACAGGGAGGGGCACAGUCGGCUGUGCAAACAGAUGAAGCAAAAACCUCUUUUCAAGCCCUUGAAAUAUCCAAUGCUACACUUGAAGAGGUUAAGGAUCCUGUUGAGAAAGCUAGUUUGUCAUUCGCUUCUUUGAAGAGUGCAAAAUCAGCAGUUGAAAGUGGAGGCCCUGCAGGUUGGGGGCAAGUUAUCAACGUCAAUGAAAAGAAUGACCGUUUUGUGGAAGAUGACACUGAAGAUGAAGAAGCAUUGAAUCUGGUAUACCGGUGUGAAGCAGCCCUAACAAACUGGGAAGCGGUUGAGAUUCCAGAAUUGCUACAUGAAUAUGUAGAUGUAUUUGCUUGGUCAUAUCAGGAUAUGCCAGGUUUAGAUACUGACAUUGUUGUCCACAAGCUACCACUACAGCCAGAUUGUCCGCCGGUGAAGCAGAAGCUCCGAAGGGCAAGACCCGACAUGGCUCUAAAGAUUUGCGACGAGGUGAAACGUCAAUUUGAUGCCGGUUUUCUAGCAGUUGCAAAGUACCCUCAAUGGGUAGCCAACAUUGUGCCAGUACCCAAAAAGGAUGGCAAGGUCAGGAUGUGUGUUGAUUAUAGGGAUUUAAACAAAGCCAGUCCAAAGGACGAUUUCCCCCUGCCACAUAUUGACACUCUGGUAGACAACACUGCUAAGUUCGCAGUCUUCUCCUUUAUGGACGGAUUCUCGGGUUACAAUCAAAUUAAGAUGGAUCCAGAGGACAUGGAAAAGACCACAUUCAUCACCCCUUGGGGAACAUUUUGCUACAAGGUAAUGCCAUUCGGUCUCAAAAAUGCUGGGGCAACUUACCAAAGAGCAAUGGUCACUCUUUUCCAUGAUAUGAUGCAUAAGGAAAUUGAGGUCUAUGUGGAUGAUAUGAUUGCAAAAUCUCAAAGUGAGGAGGAUCAUAUAGACCACUUGCAGAAGUUGUUUGAGCGUCUUCGGAAAUUUCGACUACGACUAAAUCCUGCUAAAUGCACCUUCGGUGUCCGAUCCGGGAAGUUGCUUGGUUUCAUUGUUAGCCAACGAGGAAUUGAGGUAGAUCCUGACAAAGUCCGAGCUAUACAAGAGAUGCCUGCUCCACGCACCGAGCGAGAGGUUAGAGGCUUCCUGGGGCGUUUGAAUUAUAUCUCAAGGUUUAUCUCACAUAUGACGGCCACAUGUGAGCCUAUCUUCAAAUUGCUUCGAAAAGAUCAAGCAGUUGAAUGGAAUUCUGACUGCCAAAUGGCUUUUGAGAGAAUCGGACAGUACCUGCAAGAGUCCCCUAUUCUAAUUCCACCUGUUCAAGGGAGACCACUCUUUAUGUACUUAACCGUGCUUGAAAAGUCAAUGGGAUGUGUGUUGGGACAACAUGAUGAAACCGGUCGAAAGGAACAUGCCAUCUAUUAUCUAAGUAAGAGAUUUACCGAUUGUGAAACCCGAUACUCACUCUUGGAGAAAACUUGUUGCGCUUUAGCAUGGGCCGCUCGUCGUCUAAGACAAUACAUGAUUUGCCACACUACUUUGUUGAUCUCAAAAAUGGAUCCAAUAAAGUACAUCUUUGAAAAGCCUGCUUUGACUGGAAGACUCGCCCGUUGGCAGAUGUUACUAUCUGAGUAUGACAUCCAAUAUGUGUCUCAGAAAGCCAUCAAAGGAAGUGUGUUGUCUGAUUACCUGGCAAACCAGCCCGUUGAAGAUUACCAGCCGUUGAAGUUUGACUUCCCGGAUGAAGACAUUAUGGUAGUGAAAGACUGUGAAAUCCCAGGACCUGAUGAAGGACCUGAACCCGGAUCUCGGUGGAAGCUCAUGUUUGAUGCAAGGUUGUGUUUUGAUUGCACGAACAAUAUAGCAGAAUAUGAGGCGUGCAUCCUAGGCAUUGAAGCAGCAAUUGAUCUCCGAAUCAAAAUCCUUGAAGUAUGUGGAGACUCAGCCUUGGUGAUAUACCAAGUCAAGGGCGAAUGGGAAACCCGUGAUACCAAAUUGAUCCCGUAUCGUGCCUAUGUCAUGGAAUUAAUAAAAUACUUUGACGAAAUCACUUUCCGUCAUAUCCCGAGAACUGAGAAUCAAAUUGCUGAUGCUUUGGCUAUGUUGGCUUCAAUGUACCAAGUUAGAUUCCAUAAUGAAGCACCUCUCAUUCAGAUCGAGCGGAAAGUUGAGCCUGCCUACUGCCAGUCAGUGGAAGAGGAAGUCGAUGGUAAACCCUGGUUUCACGACAUCAAAUGCUUUUUGCAAAAUCAAGAAUAUCCAACAGAUGCAACAACCCUUGACAAGAAAACAUUGAGGAAGUUAGCGUCCAAAUUCUUCUUAAGCAAUGGUGUAUUGUACAAGAGAAAUCACGACAUGAUUCUGCUCAGAUGCGUGGAUGAACGUGAAGCGGACCUGUUGAUCAAGGAGAUUCAUGAAGGAUCCUUUGGAACUCAUGCCAAUGGGCAUGCCAUGGCCAAGAAGAUUUUGAGAGCUGUAAAUGUUUUGACGUCACCUUGGCCUUUCUCAAUGUGGGGCAUCGACAUGAUUGGCGCCAUCGAGCCUAAAGCUUCCAAUGGUCACCGCUUUAUCCUGGUUGCCAUUGAUUACUUUACCAAAUGGGUAGAAGCCGCCUCUUAUGCUAAUGUGACAAAACAAGUGGUUGCACGGUUUCUCAAGAAAGAGAUCAUUUGCCGAUAUGGAAUUCCAAACCGGAUCAUCACAGACAAUGGGACGAAUCUGAACAAUAAGACCAUGAAAGAAUUAUGCGAGAGCUUCAAGAUUGAGCACCAUAACUCUUCACCAUAUCGUCCAAAGAUGAAUGGCGCUGUUGAAGCCGCUAACAAAAACAUCAAGAAGAUUUUGGUAUAUGGGAUGGAAGCAGUUCUCCCAAUUGAAGUAGAGAUACCUUCAAUGAGAAUCCUGAUGGAGACCAAGCUAGAAGAGGCUGAGUGGAUUCAAAACAGAUUUGAUCAAUUGAACCUCAUAGAUGAGAAGCGAUUGACUUCUUUGUGCCAUGGACAAUUAUACCAGAAACGGCUUAAAAGGGCUUUUGACAAGAAGGUACGUGUUCGGGAAUUCAGAGAAGGAGACCUCGUGCUUAAGAAGAUCUUGCCAAUACACAAGGAUUCACGUGGGAAGUGGACUCCCAAUUAUGAAGGCCCAUAUGUUGUGAAGAAAGCUUUCUCCGGAGGCGCCUUGAUUCUCACAACUAUGGAUGAUGAAGAGCUCUCACACCCCGUGAACUCUGAUGCAGUUAAAAAA